GUGGAGGAGCCGCUGCAGCUGGCGCGGCAGCUGGAGGCCAGCCACCGUCUGCUCACCUCCGUCAAGUGUACCGUCGUUGCCGAAGGGGAGUUUGGCUCCGCCUGGACGGCCUCUGUGGAGCCCGGCGGCCGCGGCGACAUCUCACGCCUGCUGAUGCUGCAGCUGGGGGCGGACGGCCAGCUGGGCAUGGUUGACGACGCCGUCGCCAUCCCUGCCAUCCGUUCUCCGUCUCACGUGAGGCCGCCUCUGAUCAGCGUCCUCUCAAUAACUGAUAAACACCUCGACAACGGACGUUUACAGGUGGAUGAUAUUUUGCGAACAGUCCAAAAGCAAUGGGCCGUGCCUCGCAGCCUCAGGAAGUUGCAUGGCGACGGCUCUGAGGACCUGCUGCGCGUCAUGGGGCCACACCUCGAGGAGCUGGAGACGUCGGGUGAAGUUCAGCCCAGCGUCAUGGAGGAGGUGCUCAAGCUGUCGGGACUCAGAAGACUGAAAGUGAGAUGCGCUGAGAAAGUGGACUUCCCGGACCUACCGUUGCUGUUGGAAGAGCUCAUUGUAUUUAAUAUAACCGAGAAUCAGCUGCGUUGUGUGGAGCACAUGCCCAGACUGUGCAGCUUGGCGGUGAUCAAUUACCUUGGUCCAAAUCUGACCUUCCCUCCCUCCAAGCACAACAGUCUGCGGUGGCUGGGCGUGUGCUUCGAUACUCAUCACAAGUCUUCCAUGCUGUCCCUGAUUCGCGCCCAUGCGUCAUCAGUGCAGGAGCUCCGUGUGUUCUGCACCUUGUCUGAAGGUGAGGGCUUCUACUUCCCGGAUUUCGGCCAGGAGCUGGCGGACUGCGGCUUGCACGCCUUGCAGUAUCUUGCCCUCGACCGCAAGAAGACCUGCCAGGCGGCGGCCUGCAUGGUGCAGCGACGGGACAUCCGGAGCUGCUUGCCCCCUUCUGUUGACGUGGUCUGCAUGAAGUGUCAGACUAUGCAAUUCUAGGAAAACACGCUCACUGUGUCCUCAACAUGCUUUCCGUGCAGUAAUUGUGCUGCUUAACGAAAACUCUCUUUUAAGGAUGUGUGACAUCAGCAACUCCGAAAUUAAUUUUGUAAUUUUUUUGUUGUUGUUAAAAGCCGUCUGAACUGUCAAACUUGUGAAAAUAACUAAUUCAUUCGGGUUCAUAUUAAGGCGUCAUUUGUUUGUUUACCCGCUCCCAGCAACUAAGCAAAAACCAUAACAGCAAGCAAACGCCGAUCAGACAGAGAAGAUGGAAAGCCACGCUCGCUUUGGGUAUGCGUCGUCCCGGUAUUGGACCCGUGCGGUGCGGAGCCAGACGCCGGCAGCCUGGGCUCGGCCUGGCCGCGACACAUGUGGGACCUGACCUAAGGCUGUGCGGAGAUUCGCGACGUUGGCUAGGCCACCCGAAACGGGAGGGUGCAGCGGGACCGGCGGGACUUCCUGACCGGAGCUCCUGUCGGGGUAGUGAGCGCCCGGCGGGUAGG